AUGCUCAGCUGUCGCGCCUGCCUUUGGCAAUGCGUCCAGCCCUUCGACCGCCCCGCUAACCUCCAACGCCUUCGCCGCAAUGUAAAUCCACUCCUCCGCCAGGGCCAGCAGCGGCUUCAGAGCACCGUUCGCAAGACCGGCACACGGCCCGUCUACCUCAACCAAGUCGAGAAGCUGUCGCGGAGCAACGACGAGCCAUGGAAGAACUCGGCAGUAGCGGCAAAUCAGAAGAAGAGGGAGAGAGCAGUAGUGCGCCAACCGUCGUCGAGAGAUGUGGAGAGGCAAGAAACACCCAACCUGAUGAAGCUGGGGAAGCGAGACACGCGCAUGUCAGACACCGACUGGAACAGAAGGAAACGCGAGCUGCGCUAUCUGCAGGAUCCACUAGAGCUUGCAGACUUUGUGAGGGCGCAAUUGAAAAAGGACAAAGUCGACGAGAUGAAACAGUUGGUGCAGAUGGCGAGCCACUCCAUGUCGUGUAUCGUCAGUUGGAACCACAUCAUAGAUCACUAUCUGGCCAAGGAGAAGGUCACCGAUGCGCUCAAGGUGUACAACGACAUGAAGAAGCGCGCGCAGUUCCCCGACUCCUAUACCUACACGAUCCUCCUGCGAGGCCUUUCGAUCAAUGCGCACCUGUCAGGCGUUCUACAGAAGGCUUUGUCGAUAUUCCACUCUCUUUCCGCACCGAAUUCACGAGUCGAACCAUCAAUCAUACACACAAACGCUGCACUGCGAGUAUGCGCAAGAGCGCUGGACAUGGAUGCACUAUGGGGCGUAGCUGCGAAGAUUCCCGAAAAGGGCCCUGCAGCAGCAAAUGCUACCACCUACAACACCAUAAUCAACGCUAUCCGACAGAACAUGCUGCUCAAUGCGCCAAGUGGCGAGACUGAAGAGGAGGCGGCGACUAGGAAGGAUCGUGGUGUAACGGAGGCCAGGCGACUGUGGGAAGACGUUGCGGGCAAGUGGAGGAACGCCGACCUUGUUAUCGACGAGGAAUUGGUUUGCUCCAUGGGGAGACUGCUCCUUCUGGGAGCUCGACCCCGGGAUUGGGACGACGUGUUGUCUUUGAUCGAGCAGACUAUGGACAUUCCACGGCUUGUGCCCCGACUGGGUACGGCAGCACGAAAACAAGCUCUUUUCCCCUACUUGCGCGCACCGAACGUGCCGGACGAGUACAAGCUCGAUGACGAGCACCUGGCACCUGGAGAGACCACGAUGCGUGGAGGGGAGUUUCUUCCUUUCACCAGCAGUCUAGCGAAGCGGCUCGCCUUUGUCCGGCCCGGCAACAAUACCCUCUCUAUCGUGCAGGAAGCCUGCCAGAAGAUUGCUGCACCUAAAGCCGCGCAACAAUAUUGGGACCUGCUCACUGACCCUGCAGUAUAUGGCCUCGAACCAGAUCUCAACAACCUGAACCAACGACUACGCAAUCUGCGCCAGAAUCGAUCGUCAGCUGCCGCAGUUGAGCUGCUACAGAAGGACAUGCUCGAAAAGGGUAUUACACCACGACCAGGAACAUUUAGGAUCGCCAUGAGCACUUGCGUACGGGACAAGAACAACCACAACUCGCUCAGACACGCCAGUCAGAUCCUCCACACCAUGUCUCAUACACUUGCGGACGCCGAUGCCAAAGCCGUAGGCAUGUACGCCGACCUUGCGCUGACGUUCCCGCUCGCGAAGGGUCAGGAUCUCAUCGACGCACUCACCUCGCUCCAUCCCAUCGUCAAGAACUUGCGUCUGCAGCUUGGUAUUGGUGGUGCCGCCAGCGACGCGCGCGGUGUGCGCGCUGCCUACCUCAGGGGUGCGGAACGACAAGACGCUCUGGCGGCGAUCAAGAAAGUCUACGGCGUCUACGACAGGCUACUACUUUCGAAUUUGAUCCCCGAGGAGCAGAAGCAAGGUUUCAAGAAGGAAAGGGCCAAGCUCUCGGCAUUCAUUCUCAGGCAGAACGAGAGGAACAAUGAGAGGAAGGUCGACGAAGUGGAUCAACAACAUGCGCAGCUGGAAGGAGAGGCCGAUAUGCACAGCUACCUCAACGAAGAUGGAGAAGGAGAGGAUGGGGGAGAGGGAGAGGGAGAGGGAGAAGGCGGAAAGCCGGCACGAGAGAACGACCAUCAGAGACGUACAUGGCGGGCAUACGACUCAAAUGAUACAAGAGGCAAUUGGCGGACGAGAGAUGCGAAGCCUGAGGGUCAGAGAAAGCCUUGGGGCAGCCGUAAAUCGUCGUCACGUUAUGAUUGA